GCUCUCUCCGCCUUUUCCUUUUCAUUCUCUAUUAAAUAUCUGGGCAAUGCGAUAGCGCUGUCGCAAUUGCGUCAUGCCUCCACGAUUACGGUCCUCUAAUCUCUCCCCGACCGUCGCCUCCUGUCCCCCAGCCCGUCCUCAGUCCAUCUCCCAGCCAGCACGAAUAUCGCGCGAGUUCUCCCAGUCAUCAUGUCGGCAAAUCACAUUACGGCGGAGGAAGUUCUAUGAAUGGCUCAAUGGCCCGGGCAGGGCGUUGAAACAACCUCUGCCGAACUCUACAAACUAUCUGGGAGCGUACGAUAGGUACGGGAACUUGGUGCGCGCCAGCCCAGGAUGGCAAGCGAAGCGGACGCCCAAGAGGAAUCAAGAUCCAGACAAAGAGUCUGGGCUGACAGAGAAGGCGGAAAACGAGGGGGAAAAGCCCGAGGGCCAGGAAUCAGCAGAUGACUUGGAGAUGGCCGUUCGUCGCCAGGAGAAUGCAGAGAAGGAGAAGAAGAAGAAGGCGAAGGGUGAGGAGGAGGAUAGGUUACCGCCCGAGACUGUCGAGGACCUGCGACCGUUUCCGUUGAACAAAUAUUUCCGGAGUCAGCCCGUGCUGAGCGAGGAGCUGCGGGAGGCGAUAUAUCAGCGCGUGAAGAGAGAUGGCGCAUCCGUGUCGCUUGCGAGUGUUGAGUUUGGUGUGAGCAAUGAGCGCGUCGGCGCUGUUGUUCGGUUGAAGCAGAUGGAGAAGGAGUGGAUUGCCCAGGGCAAAAUUCUUGCUAUUCCAUACUCGAAAGCUGUCCUUGAAAUGCUUCCUACUACGCCCCGCAUCGACCCGUCACUACCUAAGAACAAGGGCAAACGCCCCAUCACCCACGAGCCUAUCAACGACCUCAUUGUUCACCCCGCGACCCGCCAACAGCUCUUCGUCCCCGUUGCCGAAUCCCGCCAUUUCACCCGUGUCGAUGCUGGCAAAGCCUUCGACAACAAGCUCCUUCCUGCCGACGACCGUAUACCACACCCUGAGCUGGUACAAGUUGAACGUGAGCUAGCAGCCGGCCUUAGCUUCGAAAAGCGGAGAGAGCUCGCUGAGGAGCGGUUAGCGAAAGAACAAGAGAAGAAGAAGAAAGAAGAGGAGAGGAAGCAGGCUGAGCUAGCGAGUCUGAAAACGGUUCCACAGCGGAGAUGGGAUUUCGUCUUCAAGGACGUUAGUGUGGAUAGUGUCGGUAGGAAUGGAAGAGAUCCCAAGGGCGUUGGUUGGAGAUACGGAUUCCCGCAUGAGGAUCGUAAGAAGGGACAGGUCAAGAUCCCGACCAAGGUAGAGGCAUAAGACGGGACAUGUUGUACGAUAUGUAUCAUUGUGUAUAUUCCAUAUAUUCCAUGUAGCAUACUGGAGCGGGUGUCUUUGCGUUGGGUGCCGCACGCUCCGAAUGCUGAAGAAGCAAGCAUUUACACUACUUUCUGGCUUCUGUUCUCAGAUAUGCCAACCCCAGAUGGCGCG